AUGCUGGCCACCGCGGAUGCAGAGGGGUGCAUCCGAGUCUGGGACAUGCACGAGCUGCUGCACUGCACGGCGGGACACCACGCGGCAGCGCAGCGCGCCAGCUUCGCGCACAACCACAGCGUCGCCGCCUGCUGCUUCUCCAGUUGCGGCGGCUUCCUGGCCAGCUGCUCCGCUCAGGAUGCCACCAUCAGGCUGUGGAGCGUGGGCAGGGGUGAGGCGCUGGCGGUGCUGCGGCUCCGCGCCACCUGUGUGGCCUUCCAGCCGGGGGAUGAUGCGGCGCUGCUGGUGGCUGCCGACGACCCGGCCGGGCCGCUCCUCCUCGACCUGUGGGCAGUGCCAGCCUGCCGGCAGUUCUGUGAGGCAGUGGCGGCGGCCCAGGCGCCAGCACACCACGGCAGCAGCGAUAGAAGGGGCGGCGGGCAGGAGCUGCAGGCGCCAGCAGCAGCACUGCACCCUGCAGCGGCUAUGUGGCUGCCGCCGGCCAGCACAGCGCCGGUGGCGCCCAGCUCAGGCGCAGCCCUCCCAGCAGCCAGCACACCGGGCCCGCAAGAGCGCGGUCCUGUAGUGGCAGUCAGCCAGGCUACAGCCAGCCAGCUUGUAGGGCACGGCAGCGCCGCCUGCCGACGGCCGGGAUCGAUGCGCAGCUCUGGCAGGCGGCGGCGGCGGCGGCAGCUGGAGGCGGAGGAGGGCGAGACGGAAGUGUGGGCAGCAGCAGAAGCGGCAGCGGGAGGUGCGCCAGGCGCGUCAGCAGACGACAGCAGUGCCAAUGUUGGGCGCGGAAGCGGCGGGCUACCUGGGGGCCACUCCCGGCUGGCCCUGCAACCGCCAGCACUUACAUGGGCCAGCUGGGCUGGCUGGGGGGCGCCACAGUGCCCCCUGAGCCCUUCAGCUGCCCCACUUGAGGACGACUGUGUGCCUGCGGCGGCUGUGAUGGUGCGCUACCGGCAGCCCAGCAGCAGUGGCGAUGCCGAGUGGGAUGCCAGCACUGGCAGCUUUGUGCACCGGCAGGGCGGGCACACCAUGCCCCCUCACAUGCUCCUCCCGCUGCCGACGGCGCUGCACGUGACGACUCUGGCUGCCGACGGCGAGGCCAAGCUGUGGCCAUUGGCCAGCAGCAGCUGCAGCAGUAGCGGCAGCGCCGUGUGCUGCACCAUGCUCCCCGCCGCCGGCGACUGCCGCAAGGGGCCGUGGCUGUUGUGCAGGCCUGCAGUGAGCUGCGACGGCCGCUUCAUGCUGCACGGCUCGCCCAGUGGCACGCUGGCAUGCUGGGAUCUGCGGGAGCAGCAGCGCCAGGCACACCUGCCCCUCAACCGCAAGCUGGGCAACGCGGCAGCAGCCUCCCGCUGGUCGCACAUGGCGGUUACCGCGGUGGCGCUGGACGUGCCCAUGUGCCUGGGGGAAUCGAACCCCGGAGCGGUCAGCCAGCUCGAUUCUUUGCUGGACUCGCUCUUUGCCCACAGGGGGCCCACAUGCCGCGGUAUGGCCUGUGGGAUGCCAGCCAGCGCGUCGCACUACGGCCUGGCGCACCGCUCGGCGGCCGCUGGGCCCUUCCGCCCGCCCGCCGGUGCCGGGUCCUUCCGGCAGCCCUCCUAUGCGCCCCCGGCAGAGCCCGAGGUGUCCAUCACUCGGUCUGAUGAGGGCGUGCUGGUAACAACCCCGCUGGGAUGCGCCUUCUCCCCGGCAGACAUCAGGCUGCGACUGAACGGAAGCGAGUUCAACAUCACCGCCUUCCAGCCCGGCACCGCCCACUGGCCUGAUGCCUACCGACCCGUGGCCUACCGCCGCGCUCUGGAGCUGGCCAGCCACCUGGAGGGGCAGCGCGCGAGGGCACGCCUGGAGGGAGGCAUCCUCUCCCUCUUCUUCCCCUACCGCCAGCCGCCCCAGCGCCAGCCGCCGCCCCAGCGCCUGCGUGUGGUGCUGGUGGAGCCUGCCCCCGCCUACCACCGCCCCGAGCCUGUGGCAGUCGCCAUCACCCGCCGUGUCCCUGCCUGCUGCCCAGUACCAGCGGCCGUCCCAGCUACCGGCCCAACCGCCGCCACCGCCGCCACCGCCGCCGACACGCCCCUGAUGGCCCAGCGCAGCUGCCGCCCCAACCGCCCCUUCCACCCCCACCAGGCUCCAACGGCGAACCACCAGUGCUCGGCCGGCGCAGCGCCUUCCAUGCACGCCUGCCGCCGCCAGCAGGCCCGCCGCUGCGGCAGUGGCGCCGCUGCCGGGCGGCAGGAGGUGCGCACCGUGCCCGUUGAGGGGCCGGAGGAGCAGGCGCAGCAGCAGCCAGAGCAGCAGCUGCGCACUGUGCCUGUUGGCCAUGCGCCGCGCCACGAGCAGGAGCAGCGGGCGCCGCACACCGUGCCCAUCGAGGAUGCGGCUGGGACGGACGCUCGCGAGGAGCAGCAGGUGGAGGAGCAGCGCGAGGAGGCGAUGCCCGCCAGCCCCGCUUCUCCCACUGCCACUCCGUCUGAGCUGGCGGAGGCAGUGGUGGAGGCUGCCGCACCCGUGUCGACAGACAAGGGCAAGGCGCCCGCCAGCCCUGGGCAAGCGGCGGACCUGGAGAGGCAGGAGGCCGCCAGGCGCGCGGCGGAGCGCAUCGCGGCGGGCCACGCCAGCGACUCUGAUUGGGAGGAGGCGGAUGGCAGCGUGGAGGACUGCCAGCUGGCUGAGUGA